CCCCACCCUCUCUCUCUCUCUCUCUCUCUCUCUCUCUCUCACACACUCAUUCUUCCAUCAAAAUUUAAAGCUCCCCUGCCUCCUUUUGGAUCCAUAUCUCCUCUUUAUAAUAACCUCCCAGCUUCCCUACUUGAAGAAGGAGGAGGAGGAGGAGGAGGAGGGUAAGUACAUAGUAAUCAUGGAAGCUUCCUUGUCUACUACAAUGAACGAGGAUGCUGCAGCUGCAGAUGAACUCAAACCACAAACACCCCCUGCUAAGAAGAGGAAGGUUGUGGAGAAGACAGUGGUGAGAGUGAGGAUUGGGAAUAGGGAGAAGAAUGAGGGCCCACCUUCUGAUUCCUGGUCUUGGAGGAAGUACGGCCAGAAGCCCAUCAAAGGCUCCCCUUACCCAAGGGGCUACUACAGGUGCAGCACCGCGAAGGGCUGCUCAGCCAAGAAACAGGUGGAGAGGUGCAAAUCUGACGCCUCGGUCCUCGUCGUCACUUACACGACCUCCCACAACCACCCGGAGAGACUCGGCUGCAACCCCCGGAAACCGAAACAGGCAGGGCAGCAGCUACAGAAGUCCCCCAGCGGACGAGAACCGGAGGAAUCAUCGUCACAAGAUCAAGAAGCUCAGCAGGGCACAUACAGACCCGCCAUGGAAGCAGAGGAGUUCCACUACUCGCAGUACCUGCAGGAGGGAGGAGGAGAGCUCUUCACACUGUGCCAACUGGACACGACAGGUAAUAACGUUAGCUCAGGUCUGGUCUUGCUGGAAGAAGAAUCAGGGCACGUUCGUGUUCCUUCUUCCACGGACAGCCUGACUGCAACGACGCUAGGACCAGCAAGAUCAGAGCUUGAAGAAGACGAAUACUAUGGGUUCUUUGACGAGCUUGAGGAGCUGUAUCCGACAGUCAGUCUCUUCUCUCGAGAGGGGUACCAUGGUCGUCAUCAUCAGCAGCAGCUCGUGCGGUGAAGGGGAAGGGGAUGAUGCCUCUUGUCUUUUGCCUUUUUCUUGGUUCCUGCGAAAAUAGUGGGGUUUUGGCUUUCUAGGAAAUGUGUAAAAUUAUAAGGAUGGAAGGGUGGAUUUUCUCUGCGAAUAUUUUGAAGUGUAAAGGCAUGGACGGCGCACUAAUAGUAGUUUUCUCUUCUUCUUCUUCUUCA